AUGUUGGACUUUUUACCCACGAUUAUAUCAGAUCCCUUUGAAGCAUAUAGGCCAUUUCCAGAAAACCCCAGCAAUUUGUUUGCUGCCCACUGGCAUGAAAUUGUCGCUUCUGCUGCAUUUUACUUUUCAAUUCAGGUGGCAGUUAGACCAAUAGCCACUCUGAUCCUAGGAAAAACCUAUACCUCGUUACAAGAAAAGACCCGAGUUGAUUUUGAUAUUCACAUUGUUUCAAUGGUCCAGUGUAUUGUAUCUAUUGUGCUUACAUUUUAUCAUUUCAAUAACCCGCAUUGGCAAAAUAGAGCAAAUGAUCGUGUGAAUUCAUUAAUAGGGUCUACACCAUUUGGCGGUAUGCUAGGAGCUGUUUCUGCUGGAUAUUUUAUUUGGGACUUGUGGGUUUGUGUUAAACAUUUCAAGAUGUUUGGUGCUGGUUUUUUGCUCCACGGUGCAGCAGCUUUGUUCGGUAUGAUUUGUACGCUUAUACCGUACUGCCAACCCUGGACAGCCAGCUUCCUUGCUUUUGAACUUAGUACCCCGUUUGUUAAUAUGAACUGGUUUGCUUCUCACAUGCCAGAGGGCACCUUCAGCGACAGUUUUGUUAUGAUAAAUGGCCUUAUAUUGAUGGUGGUGUUUUUCUUUAUUAGGAUUAUUUGGGGAUUUUACGCGAUUUUUCAGUUGGCCAUUGAUAUGACCUAUUCGUUGGACCAAAUAAACAUUUUGAUUCCGGCAGCACUCUUAAUUUUGAAUUUUGGCUUGGACGUUUUGAACGUGUUUUGGUUCUACAAGAUGGUAAGAAUUGCAAGAAAGAAGGCUGCAAAGAGAUCUUUGAAUAAAAAGGGUGAUUAG